AUGGUCUACUCAAGCAUCGGCGAACUUAUCCCGGAGCUCGCCAACCUCGCGGCCGGUGCCACGAGUUCCUUUUCAAGUACGGCAGGAGGGCAAAACUUCACACACUGCUGCCUCGUCGCCGUGAACCAGUCCUUCUUGGUCGCCGGGCCAGACGAGCCACUGUCAUUGAACACCCCGGCAUACUUCCAGCCAUCCGUGACCAUCCAAGAGCUCGAGGACGCCUUGUCGGGUGAUCGAGCGUUCCCGUGCGGCCCUUCACGAGGCGGAAGCUCAGAGGGAGCACCGGUCGUCAGGGUCCCGUAUGACUGGUGUCUAUCUCAAUGCGAGGGCUGGGAGAUGAGCCACAUCAGUGUGCCCCAGCAAUGGGUUGGGCCCCUUGUCCUGUUCAUUCUGCCCAGCCUCGCACUGUGCCUCAACAUACCGCGGGCAAGCAAGCUGGCGAUGCCAGAUGUGAUGUCCCAGCUGCGUCCUUGGAGUCUGAUCUGGGUUGCCACAUACUGGAUAAGGUUGCUGUGGGCCAUGUUCCUCACAGUGGUCGACACAUUUAUUUGGUUGUCCAUCUGCUUUGCAUUCGCGGGCCCGAUGCUCCUGAGUGCGAUGUACGAGUAUGCGCUGGACAGGAAAGUCUUGGACUUCCUCGAUGAGGCAAGGGAGCAAUGCGAUGGACCAAGCAUCUCCCCGAGAUUGAGGGCGCAGCUGCUGUUGGCGGUGGCGGUUGGGAACUUGCGGAUCUCGACGAGCCGGAGGAUCUCGAUGUUCUCCCAAUGGGAUGCGGAGACGCAUCAGAGGAAGCUAUCCGUCGGAGACAUUCUAAAGGACAACACCUGGACCCGGGUGAUGGCCAUGGUCGACGAGGAUGAAUCAGAACUUGCAUGGUUUGGUGGCAAGGUACUGCUGUCAACGAAGCUGAAGUCGAUCUUCAAUUCGCACGCAAGCUUCGGAAGGACCAUUGGGGCGCCAGUCCUUUUCCUCGUUGGUGGCUUCAUAUAUACCGUUCUGGGCAUCCAAAACGGAAGUCUCCGGGACAAGGACACAGCUCAUGCUCUGGCCUUUGGAAUGUGGUGGAUGACAGUCCCGAUUCUCGCCAUAGCGUCUUGCGCCAUGCUCGCCUCUCCCAAUCCCAGCGCUUUACAAGGGAUUGUAUGGGACGGAGGCGCCAUAGCGUCCCGGGAGAAAUCGGAGAGCAGCUCUUGGGAAUCGAUGAAAAGUAAAGUCGAGAGUUUUGCCAUAGGAAGAUGGAUUCUGAAACAGACAGAAAGGUAUCAACUAAUCCAGUCCAUGUACGACGGUCAGUUCAAGACCGUCACCCUCUGGAGCCGCGGACCGAACAAGAAGCGCUGGGUAGAAGAGGCCAUCAGGGAUUACGCCUCCAACUCUGAGGAACAUGGCGACCGGUUGAUGCCUUCGAAAGACGUCGGCAAAAGAUUGGGAAUGAGCCUUCGAGACCACUUCAACAUCGCGGCUGGAAGUGCUGUCCUGCUGAUGACCCCAUCUCUGCUUGCAUUCCUGACAUCUUACAACACGCCCCGGAAGGGCAUCUCCUGUCACAGCGGCACAUACCUGAUUUACGCCAUCACGCAGGUAGUUGAGUGCUUAUUUUGGGGUUGGGAAGUCUGGCUGAAGGGCUUGUAUGGCGAAAGGUGGUCGGAAGCGCGGACCCGGGCAAAGACGAUUACUUGGUGUGGCCAGAUGUUUGUAGGGUUCUUCGCCAUUCUCACGGCCGUUGCGGGUACCUUCUUGCAACUACUUGGAGUAUACAGGACGUGCGCCUGCAAGAUACCCCUUAGCUACUGGCUGCACCCAGAAGCCCCAGAAGCAUAUGUCGACUUGAGCGUCGAGAGAGAUGCGACAAUGGAAGAUGCCCAACGAUGGUGGGUUGCGACGGGAAUAGCUGCCGUGGGCUUCGUCUGUGCCGCCUGCGCAUUUGCUUGGUUUCAUCAACGCAGGCUUCGACGUAUAUUCAGGGCCGAAGCCGACCGGCUGGAUGAGGGACGGAUCGCCCCUCAACUCACGCUGGAGGAGAGUUACGAGACCAUGAUGAAGAGAUGA